UUUACGCAAAGAGGUUGCAAAUCUUAAAAGCGAGCUUAUUAAAAAUAAUAAACAAAUCGAAUCAUUAAAUGAAAGGCAUAAAAAAUUACUCAAUUCAUAUGAAAGUUUACUGAAUAAUCAUGCUGUUCUUAAAGAAGAUUACGUAGCGUUGUUAGAAAAUAAUAGUGAUUAUUAUGCAGAACGUUGUCAUCUAUUAGUGCAAGAAAAUAGUGUAUUGGUUAAACGGAAUUUAGAAUUAUUUGAAGAAAUCGAAUGGUUACAUGAAGAAAUCAGAAUAUUAUAUGACGAAAUCGAAAAAUUAAAGAAAAGAAAUGAAUCGCUUUCUUGUUUGCUUACACCAAUGUGGAUUAUCGGAUACGAUUCUCAAAUCUAUGUUUUAUAUCCCUUAUUAGAAUUGAAUAUUAGAACUUUGAGAGAA